AUGAAGUCCAUCAGUGCAGCUGGGCUGCUGUUUCUUCUGCAAAGUGCAGUUGCAGCAAAUGUCACUGCAGCAAGGCCAACAACUGGGGUAAGAGAUGUCUCUUGAUUAUUUAUCAUUAACUCCAUAUAUUGUAGUUCUUUUCCUUCUGGCAUAAUCAUCACAAUAUUAUUCAGGUUAAAUUGGAUGAGAGUGUUCAAAAGCAGCUGAUUCCCAACUAAGUGCUGUGGUAGAUUUUCCAAAAAGAAUCCCCCAAAAGAUAGGGGAGGUCAGGAGGGAAGCAAAGGGUGGGGGGUUAUUUUAUAUUUGUGUUGCUGUUGGUGUUUAUAUUAUACCAUCACAGUAUACAGGAGGACAGGACCCUGCCCCAAAGGCCUUACAAUUUAGAACUCACCACAGAGCAGACAACACAGUAAGAAGAGGGGAAAGGGAGGCAGGGAUGAAUUAGGCUUUAUUUCAGUGACACCAAAUUUAUAGCCAGUAGAACAGCAUGUCCUUCAACAUUUCCCUGAUGAAAAUAGGGAUGUCCCAUUCCAUAAUGAUCAUUUUCCUAUUUAUUUACACAUCUUACUGGGUUGCCCCAGCUACCCUGGGCAGCUUCCAACUUAUAUAAAAACAAAAAAAGAUUAAACAUUAAAGGAUUGCCUUCAGGUGGCUCAGGGGUCAGAUAACUCCAUACCCUCCAACAUUUCUCCAAUGAAAAUAGGGACAUCCUAAGGAAAUGGAGGACAUUCCAGAAUCAAAUCAGAAAUGGGAAUGGCUCCUCUAAAUCAAGGAUGUCCCUGGAAAAUAGAGACACUUGGAGUGUCUGGAACAGGUUUUAUGAAUCAUCUUACUAAAAUUAUUAUUAUUAUUAUUAUUAUUAAAUAUACUAAAUAUAAAUUAUGUAAGAACUAUCUACUGGGUCACAAAAAAUAGCAAGCAAGACCAUAAAAUUUGAAUUGGUUGGAAAUAAAUCUGUUGCAAACCCUUACAGGAAGGCGGGGGGGAUGGGAGAGAAAUCCUAGGUUCUUUCAUGCUAUCUAAUCUCAUCCAGGGAAGGUUCCCAGCAUUCCAAACAACUGUGACCAAGAAACAGAACGCAGGGUGAGCAGUUUAGAAACAUAAGAGUUGCACCUGCAAUUUUGGACAAGGUUGCAGAGGCACCUGGUCCACCCCUGACCCUUGAUGACCCUUCCACCACAGGCUUAGCUUCAAAAAGUCAUUGACUGAAAAGUAGCUGCAGGUGAGCCAGGCUUUCUCUGUUGAGACUUCUGUAGGUUUCACCAGGCAGAGGAAGCUGGAGAAGAAUGCAGAGCUGCUGUUGACUUUCUCUGUCUGUUGUUGUUCUAUGCCUGCCUUGUCUCUUCUUUAGCGGAGCAGGCACAAUUUGCUUUUAGGGAACUUGCCUGCUCUCUCUGCAGGUGUUGCAGGAGCCUACAUGUGCCUCAUCUCACUGAGGGAUGGGAAGAUCCAAGGGCAUGGUACUUCUCCAUAUUCAGUUUCCAUUCAAAAGAGGGAUCACUGGAACCUUACAAUAUUACAUCAUACUUGAGCUUAUGUAUAAAUGUUAGCAUAACUGGAGGUAGACAGCUUUAGCGCUCAAACAAAGCAAGUUCCUGUGUCCCACAUUAAAUAUCCAGCAAGGCAUCUCUGCAUCUCCAGAUACUGUUUGUAUUUACAGGAACCGCCCCGCCCCGCCCCCCGCCUAAACCCACCUCAGCACGUUCUGUGUCUUUUCUCAGUCUCUCUUGCUCCCCAAUUCAGAACUUCAACUUGGGUUAUUUGCUGUGUACACGUUACCAGCUUGUUGUGCGGCUAAGUUAUUCUUUUUCUCAAUUCAGACCAAAUCUGGUUUGGGGAAAAACCUGUCAAAAGGUAGUAUUCCAUAUUGCAGGAUGCUAACGAUGCUUGUACACAGUGGGAGUGCACUGCAUGCAAGGCAUUCCAAGAUGCCUUGGAAUGCAUCACCCUUGGCUGCAGGGAGGUAUCUUUCCUACCUCCUUCUUCGUCUUAAAACAAUCUUUUAAGAGUUAUCUGCCACUGAGGGACAUAAUCUGAAUCUUCCAGACUCUGGCCAGCUAUUGCCUUUAGGUGAAUAGGAAAACCCACAAGAAUAUUCUCAACAGUCAGAGCCUGGCCUAUGUGUGGCAAGGAGCACAAAGCAGCCCAGGGCCUGGUGGCAGCAGAACAAGGCCUUUUGUCCCCAUUUUUAAGUGGAGGAGGCUCCAAAGAGUCCAGUUGUUCUGGAGGAGAAAGCAAUAUAUAUUUAUAGUUCCAAGCACUGACAAAUCAGGGGACAGUUUUGGGAGCAGGACAAGGGACUACAGUCCCUUCAGUUAUUCUUUUUUCCAUUUUUUAUUUUAAAAGAAUCCUCCAGUUUCUGGAGUGAGAGUGAGGAGUGGAAUUUGCCACCAGCUUCUCAGAGCCUAGAGGCCAUGUUCAGUGUGAGGUGUUGCGUUUGCAAAGUAAAAGAAGGAUUGAACUCUGAUUAAUAAGAAUACACACAGAGGCUUGAAACAGCAAGACUCUGGGAGGGUGCAUAUAAUUGUGUCUGUCUGUGCUUGUCCGAGUCUGCAGCCCCCUGGCCCAGGCCGUUUUUAUUCACAAAAAUGCUUUUUACAGAGUGUUGGUAGGAACCAAUCAGAUUUCUUCUGAGCAUUUCCACAAACCCACAUGGGGAGAAAGUUAACCUAUAAACACGAGUUAUCCAUGCAUACUUUUGGGGUAAAUGAAUGAAAAACUACAAAGGAGCGAAUACAGCAACCCCGGAGGUCAUAAACAAUCAGUACACAUGAUAAGGGGGAUGGCCAGGAGGACAGUGACCAUUAUCACCUUAAUGUGAGAUCUGUUUCCUGGCCCUAAGAUUAACAUCCUUAGAUUAAUAUACAUCAAAGAAACUUCCCAUAGUCUUUAAAAAAAAACAAAAACUUCCCAUAGUCUUUAGAUGACCCAGGACGCCUGCCUGUCUGUCAAAGUGUGUACGUGACUCGUGAAGAAGAGGGGAAUGGGCAGUAGAGGCAAAAGGGCAUGAAAAGGACAUGAAUGUACAAUCUUAUGGGAUUUAAUCAGAAAUUAUCGUCAAUAUAUCAAACCCAGUCAACACAAUGUCUUCAUCGUGGACACGAUGGCUUGAUGUAUAUUUUAUAAUUCCUCAUGGUAAUCCCAUCUGACCCCUCCAUCGAGGGAACAGGGAGUUGGGCCAGGUUUUGCUUUUUCAUGUCAAACAACAACACAACAACAGCAAUGGUGGUGUGGUAAUUAUAGAAUUAUGAGUACGGUACUUUGGGGAAUUACUGAUGUACUGUAAAUAUCUAGCCUCUUUUCUUCACUUUGAACUUGCUUGAGCACACAACAUGAAGAGGGAAAAGGAGUGCUCAACAGGUAUGACACCCACUAAAUAGAUUUUGUUUCUUAUCAAUGACCAAUGAAGUCAAACAGGCCAGUUGUUCUCUCAGGCUUUUACGCUUUUGUGUCAAUAAUUGUAUAACAUUCAUGUUAUUUCCCCCAACCCCAAUUUUCUUGCAGCCAUUUGCUAAUGUGACUGGUUCUGUGGAUGACCACAAAGUUUGCCGAUGUUCCGUGUUCUUACCAGACACCACAUUCCCUGUGCAGAAGAUGGAGAGCCUUGAGAUCUUAGCCCAACAGCUCUCAAAUAAAUUUGAGAGUGAGCUUUCAAAAGUAAGUUACUUUAAAAAAUAAAUAAAAGUAUACACCUCUGUAGUCAGCACAUAUAGUUUCUGGUUUUUUAAAACUAAGUUGAGAGAGAGAGGGAGGGAGAAAUCAGCUCCCAUUUGUUUCACAGGGUCUGUGCAGAAUAACUUCUCAGUAGAUAGUGCACAGUGACGUUACACAACCUUCUAUAUUUUUCUGGUCUAAUUGGCAACUGCAGGCUUUAAUCUGUUUGAUUAAGCACCUAAGACUUUGGCUCCUGCAGUUUAAUCAGAUAAUCUUAAUCAGAUAGCCUGUGAAUUAAGGGACCACUUGAUCAUUGCUGUUAUAAUUCUGGUGUGUUAUUGGCAGUGUUGCUAUUAUCAUUUUAUUUCUUAUGCCACACCCUCGCAUAAGAGCUCUGGGUGACUGAUAGGCCACCCUGUUCCAAGGACAGGUGCAGCUAGCAAACCAGUCAAAGCUGAGCCUAGCCACUCAGGCCACAUGAGCACCUACACCUUGGAAGCACCCCCAGACUACAAACCUGUUCUUUUAGGGGGAGUGGCACCCUAUGUGGAACAUGACAUUCACCUAUUUCUUGGAACUGGAACCAUUUAUCACCAGAGUCUCUGUCUUAUCAGAAUUCAACCUCAGUUUACUGGCUGUCAUCCAACCCAUCCCAGUGUUCAGGUAUCAUUCCAGCACUUGCACAGCCCUUUCUGAUUUGGAUAGUAUAAUGGUAUGGGGUUGCUCAUGCGUAAGUUGCCGCCUCUCCUGGCUAUGUUGCCUUGUUAAACCUUUCUGUCUGGACCGCCCUUCAAUUCAUGGCUGCCUCAGUCGCUAGCAGAAUCCGUCAGUGGGCGUUUCUUAAACCUUUUCCAACAUAAAAGUUGUUUGACACCCAGACUCCUCCUACUUUCUCUGCGCGGAAGUCUCCUGCGCAGGGAGGGCGUGGGUAGCGGAGGACCAGUGCUCUCCCCGCUGGUGUCCGGUGAAGAGUCUGGGAGCCCUCUCGCCGAUUCCCCAUCUGCCCCUCCUUAUUCCUGGUGUUGCACUGAAUUGCUUCCCCAUCUGCUGAGCUGCCUCUCUCCCUGCUGGGCCCUUCUCCAGCAUCAUUAGAGAGCCUCCCCUCCACCUCUAGCUCCGAUGUCAGUUCCCUGACUGAUAGUAUGAAGAGAAAGAGUUGACUUUCAUCAGCAUGCUGAUAGUAACAUGCUUCAAAUAUCCAGAUGAGGUCAUCCAAUGGAUUAAAAUAGAUGUUGACUAGCAUGGGAGACAAAACAGAACUUGCCAUGGGGUUGAACAGAAGUCAGAAACACAAAGGAAAAGAUUAAAAAUGGCCUUUCCUUCAAAGAACGAGAGUUAGCUUUGUCACGUUGCAUUGUAACCUAUACUUCCUUUAACUUUCAAAAAGGCACAUGUCCUGAGGUUCUGUGCAGGCGUAAUUAAUAAAAUCAGAGGUUAAAAAGCAGCCAGUUAAUCAAGUGAAAUGUUUUCCUUGGUUGAGAGCCCCACAUUAAGCAUAUUGCUUAACAUACUGGGGUUGGGGGGUGUCUGUGGAUACAGAACAUACUGAUUAGCCUCCCUUUUACUGUAACGGCAAGGGAAGCUCCUGUUAUUAUUGUGGCAGGUAGUUAUGGGGAAAGCAAGGUGGAUCUUCUCACACAAAAGAAGGGUGAUAAUAACCUGAUACUCCUCCUUUCUGUCUGAAAAUAUUGCAAGACCUGAAGGUGGGGGAUUCAACAGCUCCCUCUGCCUUGUGAAGCUGCACAACAGUGGGUUGUUUUCAUGUGGUCAUGAGGCUGUCUAAUUAAAGCAAAGCUGCUUAGCCUUUUGCUGUUUUGUGGUUUGCUAUAGGAAUUCUGCUGCCUUUCCCUUGCAACAUUCAUUAAAAGCCCCACAAAUAAGCCCCAACAUCUGUAAUUUCGAGGAAGUGGGGGUGGGUGAGGUUUGGGGGUGGAAAUACCUCAUGCAGCCAAGAACCAGCAUUUGACAUUGGCUGCUUGAUGAAAAAUAUGCAGGGUUUCAAUUAGGUGUCCAGGAGAAAUUAUUUGACUGCUCCAGGAACCAGACGUCGUAACAAAUGAAGUGUCCUUGAAUUAAUCAGGAGGAAAGACAGAACACUAAAUUAUAAAUUCUGGCCAUAAAUAUUAAUAAACUUUCUAACAGUAUAAUCAGGAAGAGAUAAGAAGUUUAAGCAUAAAAAAAAAAUCUACAACAGGGAGGUGGUGGAGACAGAGACAGUCCUCUGGGAAAAUUUGUUUUUUGCUUAAACAAUUUUCUUUAAAGUAAUAGGAAUUAUGACACACCUGCCCAGGGUGAGGCUUACAUAUGUUCACCUCUGUCCUCUUGUUGACGAAUGUCCCUGUCUGCAGAGAAGAGAGGAUCCUGGCCCAGGAAGGAGUUGUGUUGGCUGAAUGGGAACCAUGAAGAGCCAGGGCAAGGAAACACCAACUGAUAGUGGACGAUCUGGCCCUAGAUGCCAAGAAUCUCCAUAAAUUUGUCUAAUCCAUGUAGGUGCCAUCACUGCCUCUUGUGUGAGUGAAUCCCACAGUAUAUAUAUGCAGCAUAGCACCAACUACUAGGGGCAGAGGUGUCUUCAGCCCCCUCAAUAUUUUUUUCUCCAUAUUGAGAGGGAGAAGAGGCCGAGCACAAAGCCGCCUCCUGCUCCUCCUCCUGCCAACAGGGACAUCACUGAUUGACAGAAGCUGCCUCGGCUUCUGAUGUCAAUCCAUGAUCUCCUGUUUCGAUUGCUGCCAAGCCUCCACCAAGGCCGGCUAAGGCUGCUGAUAUCCUUCAGGAAGCCAGGCUGCACUUCCGGAAGUGCACUUCUUCUUUUUUCCUUUUUUUUUUUUUUUUAGUUUUGAAUGCUUUGUUGUAUUACAUACUAAGUAACAUAAAUGUUUAUUUCCUUCUAUUUUUGAUUUCCAAUGACUAAGUACUCAAUCCAUGAUUAAUACACAUUGUAAAAAAAGAAAAAAGAAAAGAAAAACGAUUGGUGAUUAAAUUCACCAUGACCUCCGAUUCACCCAUUGUGUUACCCUCAUUACAUUUUUAACUACACACUGAACUUUAUCUCCUCUAUGUUGUUCCAUUUCAUUUGUAAGAUUCUUCUAUUACCCACAGAAAGUCAAUAUGUAGAGUUUAUUUAAAAGAACAUUGCAGAAACAUAAAUCUGCUGGCAGGUCUGGAUUGACUUUCUCUGGAAGUGCACUUUGAGGCGCAAGCUAUUUGAAGUACAUCACUGGCUGCUACAAGGAUACUCUCCCCUCAGGGGCUGCCCUUGCCCCCCUUAUGCACCGGAGCCCAGCAGAGAAGAAGCGUGGCAUCGGUGCCAGCACUCCUUCUCUUAGCCACCUUAGGUAUGGGGGGGCAGUGCAAGAGACCAAGUGGCUGUGGCCGUGGCAUUGUGGUUUGGGUAUGGGGGUACGAGAUGUGAAGAGGCAUCAGUGGUGUUGGGCGGGCGAGAGAGCAAGAAAUGUUGGACCAACAUUGAAGCAUAUGCUGACUUAAUGUCAUGAUGUCACACGCACAACAUCUGCCCCCUCAAUCUCACCCGCAAAUUGGCACCUCUGAUAAUGCCACAUGUGAAGAAGUCCUUUCCUUUCUCUGUCCUGAAUCUUCUGACAUUCAGCUUCACUGGAUGGUCCAUGGGUUAUAGUGUUAUGCCUGCCAUGCGUAACUUUAUAGACCUCUGUCAUUUCUCUCCUUACUCCUUAAACCUUUUCUCUAAGUUAAAGAGCCCCAAAUGUUGUAUCCUUUCCUCCUAAGGGAGGUGCUCCAUCCCCUUGAUAAUUUUGAUUGCCAGUUUCUGAACUUUUCCAACUCUACAAUAUCCUUUUUUCAGGUGAGGUGACCAGAACUGUCCAGGUACAGUAAUGCCAUAGAUUUGUAUAAUGGCCUUAUGAUACUGGUAGAUUUAUUUUCAGUUCCUUUCCUAAUGAUCAUUUGCAUGGAAUUUGCAUCUUUCACAGCUGCCAUACACUGGGUUGAAAGCUGUCCACUAUGACCUAUGCGGCCUAGGACCCUCGUACCUACAGGACCGCCUCUCCUGGUAUGCCCUGUGGAGGACCUUAAGGUCCACAAAUAACAACACUUUGGAGGUCCCAAGCCGCAAGGUGGUUAGAUUGGUCUCAGCUAGGACCAGGGCCUUUUCAGUACUGGCCCCACUCUGUCACAAGAGACUAGGGCCCUGCGGGACUUGACAUCUUUCCGCAGGGCCUGCAAGACAGAGCUUUUCCACCUGGCCUUUGGUUUGGACUCAGUCUGACCCUUAUGUUUCCCUCCCCUUAUGGUUUUGAUUUAUGGGCUACUAUUAAAAUGAGGCUGCAUUUUAAAUGGUAUUUUAACCCGUAUUUUAAUAAACUGGGUUUCCCCCAUUAUGUUUUAUUGUAAUUUUAUUGGUGUUAGCCGCCCUCUGGCUGGGGAGGGCGGGGUAUAAUAAAAAUUUAUUAGUAGUAGUAGUAGUAGUAAGUUAGUGAGACAGGACUGACCCUUGCCGAAGCCAGUUUGUUCAUCUUCAGCAGGACUUCCAUCUGUAUUCUUGGUAAUUCUAUCUUUAACAAUGCUUUUCACCAGUUUUAAUGUAACCAGCCUGUAGUUCCCUGGAUCCAGCCUGGAUCCUUUUUAAAAAACGGUAUUACCCUGGCCACUAACUAGUCUUCAGGUACAGAGGCUGAUCUUAGAGACAAGUUAAAUAUUUUUGUGAGAAGGUCAGCAAUAUUUCUCUCUCCCUCUCUCUCUCUACAUACAAUACAUAAAGGUAAAGGGACCCCUGACCAUUAGGUCCAGUCAUGGCCACCUCUGGGGUUGCGGCGCUCAUCUCGCUUUACUGGCUGAGGGAGCAGGCGUACAACUUCCGGGUCAUGUGGUCAGCAUGACUAAGACGCUUCUGGCGAACCAGAGCAGUGCACGGAAACGCUGUUUACCUUCCCGCCAGAGCAGUACCUAUUUAUCUAGUUGACUUUUUUGACUGCUAGGUUGGCAGGAGCAGGGACCAAGCAAUGGGAGCUCACCCCGUCGCUGGGAUUCAAACCGCCAGCCUUCUGAUCAGCAAGUCCUAGGCUCGGUGGUUUAACACACAGCGCCACCCGCGUCCCUUACAUACAAUACAUACAUACAUACGUUUCAGUUUUUAAAAAAUAUUUUGACAGCAAUUUCACGUUUGAGUCAUUUAAGAUCUCUUGGGUGGAUAACAUCCAGACUUCCAGAUUUUUUUAGGUUUUUUUUUCUCAAUAAGAUCUAGAACUUUGUCUCUUGUAACCACUAUUUGUUCCUCAGACUGAAAGUUUAUUCAGGCACAGAGAUCUGUGCUAUAGGCUUUUCUAUGAAGAUAGAUGCAAGUGAUUCAUUCAGCUUCUCUGCCAUCUCCUUCUCUUGUUUAGCACACCUUUGAUUUCCUUGUCACCCAAAGGUCCACCUCUCUAACUGUGGGAUGGGAUUUAAUAGGCAGGAGAGGAUAUAUUAAUUGCAAUUUAUUCCUCCAGGGCCCAUGUAUGAGAGUUGAACAUACAUUUAAAAUAUGGGCCUGAAUAAAGUUUAAAAUCCCAUCCUGAACAGAAAAAUUGGAAGUAUAGGAAUUAGGCUGUGAAGGCUUUCUCACCUGACUUCACAAAGAAUCAGACAACAGACUGAGAAUCGCAUAAUCAUAGAGGGUCAUCUAUUCCAGCAGUGACAGAUUUCUUGCAGAAGUUAAGAAGGGAUGGUCAAGGACUAAAAUCAGCCAUUGGCUUCAUUCUUAAUGGGGUCCCACUUGUAGGACUACAAAAAUAAUUUAACAACCUACAUGAAUAAUUUUGAUAGGAACUUUUAAAAAUCAUUUUAAUCAUUUGUGCUUACUAGCGAAUUAUCUUGAGCUAUUCAGCAAAAUAAGUGAUUACAGAAAAAGUCGUCUUCCCAGUUGAAAGCUGUUUAAGGAUAGUUUUAAACAAUGAAAUUUCUGAAACCAAACAGUGUUGUUCUCCUGUGGAGCACUAUGUGAUUAAAGUUAUGGUAGCUGGAAAAAGAAACCCCCCAGCCCUGCCCCAAACCUUUGCAGCUCCGCAGUCCAGCUGGACAAUUCAGCCUAGCAGGGCAACAAACCCUCAAGCUAGAUGCAGAGCGACACAUCCUCUGACAUAAUCUUGGCAGAUAACAGAUCGGGUCAGACAUGAAAACAAAGCUUUUCUACAGGGGUGUUAAAGAGAAUUGUUUAUACAGGAAAAAUAAAGAGCUUUUUGAGGCUUCUGUUUCAUAGUUGAGGUCAUUUGGUAAAGACAUAAAAUAAAUGCAACCUCAUUUGUUAUUGUUCUAUAUAAAAACAUUAUUCAAGUCAUCACCUUUCUUAUUAUUUCCAGCAGCAAAUGAUUGAUGGAUCUUGUAAAUGCAUAACUGUUCUUGAAAAUGGCUAGGUGCCCCAGGCACUACACUUCGAAGCAUCUGUUUGAGACGUGCUUACAUUGCACCGGUAUGUCCUCUUGUAAUCUCACACUGGAAUCACAAUGCUGAGGAUUUCUUUUACACAGUCAAUCAUCCUGAAAACCUAUUAAAUAUCACAAUCUGAAGGGUUAACUAGAGGGUGACAUGACCCGAAAAGAACCUGUAUGGCUUUGGAUUGUUCACCACAUGUACUCAGCUAACAGAACUGUACAAAUGAUACGUUUGGUGAUAAUCUAAAUCUAAUUAUAAGGUCAUGAUUGUGAAACAUUGUUCAUUUUUACUUUUUACUUUUUACUAUGAUGUUCCCAUACACCCUGAGUUCACAUUCUUCCAGGUUUCAUUCCCCUAACCCUCCUGAAAAUUCAACCAGCCCCACUCCCUAAUUGCUGUUCUGUGAAGGCCUAUUUAGUUCUACAUGCUUUGCAGGAAUCUCAGCAACCAACUUGAACUGGGUGGUUCAAACUUCUUCCCUUCCCUGUGAUAGGUGAUACCAUGAUAGUUAACUGGUGUGAAAUAAAAGGAAAGCUGUAAUGCAGAUCAUGUGUCCUAUACAUCCAUUUCGUCUGUAGUUAUAGACAGGGACUCUUGGGGUUCUCUGCCUUGUCCUAGGGGCAUCUGGUUCCGAGAAUGGGACUUUACCUAGUUAAUUUCCAUGGAUACUCAGUACUCAGGCUUCCAAAACAUCUUUAGAUAUAGAAAGUAGCGUGUGUAUGCAGUGUUGGCCCCUGCAAUUGGUAAGGUAGGUAAUCUAUGUAAAUGUAUUUCUGCCUAAAAGCUCUUGUGAUCGAUUGCACUUGAUUGAUGAAUUCACCAGAUAUUUUUUUUAAAGUAUGGAUAAGGAUCAUCUAUGUCAUUCUGUCACAGUUGGAGGCACUUUUCUGUUGAACUCAAUAAAAAUUAAAACCCACUGAGAAAAAUGUAGCUGAACAGUGAUUACACUUUCCCUAUCCUGCAGACAUUCUUCUUUAUCUAUGUCAUUUAUCUGUAAUCUUUGUCUUUAUUUUUAGACCAGAAUCCACAGCAAUGUUAUAUAAGCUUCUGUGCUCAGUGGUACCCAAGUAAUCAUAUUUUGAUCUUGGCGAGAUUACAGAGGUGCAGUGGGGCAAAACUUAUCUUUUUAAAAGGUAUCUUAAAUACAUUUUCUAAAAUGGAAUACAUUCCUGUGUAUAUGUAUAGAUUACCAAGUACACCAAAGAAAUUGCAAUGUAUGAAAAAAAGAUUGUAAACCUAACCAUCAAGAUUGAGCGCAUGGAGAAGAUGAGCAUUUCUUACACUGAACUGGACUUCCAACUGAUGAAACUGGAAAUCAGUGAAAUGGAGAGGCUAGUCACACAGCUGAAAAGUACGCUAACGGGAAGCAAUGUGAUUGUUGAGCAGCUGUAUGGAGAGGUAUGGUAAAAGCUUUGUUAAGAUCCACAGUUUCUCCUGAUAAAAUCUCCAGUAGCUUUAAUAUGAUUCUCCUGAAAUUAUGCACAUAUAACCAAAGGUAGAAAUUAUUCCCUCCCUUCCUAGCCAGUUUACACAAGGACUGGAAAAUAUGGCUGAUCCAUGAAUAAGAGAAAAGUGUCAAGGAUGAAACAGUGGGGCUGGAAUAAGGGUCAAGAGUAAGGGGGAGAAGGAUCCAGGCCCUAAGGAGGAAAUGGGAGCUAUGUGGUCCAGAAUAAUUACCAUGGACCAAUCAAAGCUCCACAAGUAGCCUGCUCUGUAAAAAAAUUAGUAACUAUUCCCACACUGAGCACUGAAAAGAAUUCAUAAAUUUGCAUCCAAUCGCUCACUCAUUUUGUUCAAGGCACUUCACAGUAAAAGAACAAAACCAUGCACACAAAACAAAACAGGAAGUUAAAGCAAAUUAGUAACCUUACCCUAAGCUAUUUGCUAAAGCCAAAAGAUUUCUAUGUGACACUGAGCACCUGUCAUACAUCUAUCUACAUUAAUGGUGAUGGCAUAAAAUUUAUUGUUAGAAAUGCACAAUUUCUAAUUACAGUGGUACCUCAGGUUACAUACACUUCAGGCUGCAGACUCCGCAAACCCAGAAAUAGUACCUCGGGUUAAGAACUUUGCUUCAGGAUGAGAACAGAAAUCGUGCUCCGGCGGCGCGGCGGCAGCAGGAGGCCCCAUUAGCUAAAGUGGUACCUCAGGUUAAGAAAAGUUUCAGGUUAAGAACGGACCUCCGGAAUGAAUUAAGUACUUAACCCAAGGUACCACUGUACUUACUGCACUCUUGGUAACAUCCUUUAUUAAAAUAUCAGCAAAAAUGAGUUUGCAAAACAAACUUGAGCAUAACCAAAAGUCACUCCUACCAUUUUAUGUGCCUAGAUUAAGAAUUUGAGUCUUAUGGUGAAUGAACUGGAAUCGCUGGAUAAGCAUAACAUCCUUGCAGUCCGCCGAGAAAUUCUGGCUCUAAAGAAUAAAUUGCAAGAAUGUGAAGCGAAUACAAACCAGAGCACCACCAGCCACUACAUCCCUCCUGGUAAGUAUUUGUUUUGUUAGAUGAUGGAACGUAUGUUGCAGAAGUAUAUUUUCAUAUUUUCCAUUCUUGGAGGGCAGGGUAAAUAAUUAGAUCUGAGGCUUCUUUCCUGAAAACUUUUCAUUUUGUUACAUAUAUUGUGAAUGAAUUAUCUUUAGUAUUCUUUGCCCAGCCCUCAGCAUGUCACACUGUGGCCAUUUUCAUCCUUCCUUGCAGUGAAUGAGAAAAAGAGCAGAGAGGAGGAGGACCAGGCAGUUAAUGGAGAAAUUCUUCAUUUUGCAAUGAAACAGGGAUUAAAAUGCUUCUGAAAGUAAAUAAGUAAAUAAUAUCCUAACCAACCAGAAGUAAGCCCUUUUGAACUCUAAAAGGAAGGGGGAGGCCUCAAUUUCAGCAGCACCUUGGAAGGUUUGGGACUUCAAAACACCUGGCACUGGAUGGCAUGGUGACAUCAUGUGAUUGACAGUGGGUGGCCUUUCCCACCUGUCAAAUUUGGCCUGCAACACCAAUCCUGAUAAUGAUUAGGUUGUGUGUGACUGCAACUCUAAAAAACACCAAAGGCUCCCGACCCCUUAGAUUGUUCCAGGUUGUGUGUGACUGCAACUCUAAAAAACACUGAGACAUGACUUGGUACCUAAAUGAAGCCACAUGGUAAAAUGCGCAGAAAAAUGCUGGAAUAAAACACUUCCCCACUUGUCAAAAGUACAAAGAACGGUCAAAAUUUUGACUUCAGUUUAUUAAGCAGAUUGCUUACAAGGUUCCUGAAUGAGUCUCCCACCCUACCCAACCGUUGAGCUUUACCUCAAUGACUCUUACCACAUUCCAGAAUGGCUCCUAAUUUUGGAGGCGGGGGACCUUUGUCAGAGGUAGCAAGAUUCAGUGAUAACUCACUGAUGCCAGAAUUUAAUACAUUCAAGUUAUCUACAUAACAUAAUGGAAGAUCUUGUUGAUCUUUCUGCAGUGACUCUCUUCUGAAACUGCCUUUGUGAUCUCCUGCUCAUCACAAUCUUGGGAAAUACAUUUCCUGCACUAUCAGUAUGCUUGCAGUAUGCUAAUGAAAUGGGCCAUAAGGGAAAUCAGUCUCAGAUAAUCACCAUGGCAAAGUGUAGAAGACACUUCAAUGACCACAGAUUAACAGGGACCCCUGACCCAUCAGGUAGUGUAGUAGCUUCUGUUAUGCUCUUGGACGGCUCCCUUCAUCUCAGUUGGGCUUAUUCAGAAAAUCUUCUGGUGAACAGCACACCAUUCUGCUGAACUAUCUCUGCUGCCAUUUUCACAGGACCCAGGAUUUGCCCUCUGAGUAGGCGGCUGCUGCCCAUUCCCUCGUGAUGGGACAGUCUCUGGUACUUUACAUGCUUGUGGGGACCUGUGACCCUCCAGUGUUGUUGGGCUGCAGCCACCAUUGUCCUAACAUGCGUGUUCAGUGGCUGGAGAGGAUGGGAUUUGUAGUCUAAUAAUAUCUAGAGGCCCACAGGAAACAGUCCCUGGAUUAUAAGGUACAAAGUGGGUCAGGAAAAAAGUUACGUGUUUUGUAUGAAGGGCAAUUCAUCUCAGAAAGAUCUUAUUAUUUUUGUUCACCACAUGCUUCUGUUUCCUUGCUAGAAGGAUAAAUAAAGUGAUGGAAGACAAAGUUUCAUUGUUCAAAACACCUUCUUGAACUUACUUGCCUUUCAGGCAGCAGCUGCAUUUUCUCUCUGAAGGAUGAGGAACCCUUUUGUCUGUCAGGUCAAGUGGGGCUGGGGAGAGAGAGAUUUAAAACAUACACACAUAUACAAAAGAUCUGAAACAACACCUCUGAAGCCCAGAAAGGGCAUUACUCGCCUUCAAGAAACAGCUAAAAAACUUGAAUUUUGAGUCACAGAGUUGUGUGUGCAGGGGGAGAGGCUCUAUGCUUUUUGCACUAGUCAUUUUCCAACACACAAAAAUCUCUCCCACUAGCUGUAUUUUCAUCCUUUUUGGGGGGGUUGCUGGAUGAGCUUUCACAAUAAAUAUACAUCUGUAUGGGGGAAAGCAGUCAGAGUAAGUCUGAACAAAAGAAACUAGUCUGCCACUAAUUUGUUUAAAAUUACUGCCCUCCACAGCAAGGCUACUUUUCCAUAUUAUUUUAAAACAAGGCUGUUGGGGGUUUAUUGUUACCUACAUUUGCAUGUAAUCUCUAAUUUGCCCCUGACUUGACUGCAACACCCAGUUAGCUGGGGAGCAGGAGGACCCUGUAAUUUCCCUUGCUUUCUAAGUGGGUGGGGGCUUUGUGGGUUUACAGCUUCCUUGCACUCAUCAAAGCAGGUGAGAGCAGAUAGUUAAGUACAUUCUCCCAGCAAACUUAGCUCCAUGUGUAUAUCUGCCAGCCCAUUUGGCUUCCAUUUGCUUUGGGUUCAUCUUAUAUUUAUAAUGUUUGUAUUAAACUGGGUGAUUUUUUUGUCCUGAUUCCAGUGCUUUCCUUUUUCUCCUCUCUCUUUCCUUGAUAUUUUGUGGCGAGUGUGAAGAGUGCCUAGGAAAUCCCAGAGCUGUCUAAGCUUAUGAAUCUAAUGAGACUAUAUAAAGUUUAACGGCUAUGGCAGAGCUUUAGAAAGUCACCUCGUGAGAUGCUCUGUUGUAAAGCUUCUCUUGUGGCUGUGCUCAAUAGAGUGGAUUAGCCUAGUUUGCAGCAAUGUUAAAACAAAAUAUGUCCUCCAUUUUGCUUGCAAAUUUCUAACUCAAUGCUCAUUCCAAGGAAGAAAAAAGCAUUUGGCAUACUGAAUUACACCCUCAUUUUCUGAAGAACAUUUUGGCAAAUCAUUGACAUUUUCAUCUGUUUAACAAUUCUCCCCUCCAAAAAUAGCCUUUUGUCUUAUCUACACAAUUACUUCACUGUAGAUCAGUGCUAAAUAAAAGCAUAUUUGAUAUGCCUCUGACUUCUAGCAUGGCCACUGACUACUGUAAACAUGAUUAUAAUGCCAUGAACAAGUGCACCUGUUUCAAAAAAGGGAGCUGCUGCCUUGUAGGUGCAUCUGCCCUCUUUACACAUGCACACCUUAUAGAUAAGAUGGCAGGGUAUUAUUUUUUCCUGUAGUGUUUUCUAAUGUGAAAAAGUGUUUUACAAGUCUAAUGUCAUUUAGACUUUCCUGUGAGACUGAGAAGUAACCAAUGGUUGCUGGUGUAACUCAGUUGGUAGAGCAUGAGUCUCUUAAUCUCAGGAUCAUGGGUUCAAGCCCCAUGUUAGGCAAAAGAUUCCUAGAUGACCCUAGGGGUUGCUCCAACUCUACAAUUCUAUGAUUCUAUGCCCAAUGAGCUUCAGGGCUGAGUAGGAAUCUUAAUGGAGCUAUCCUAUGUCCAUGGCUGUAGCCAGGAUUUUUGUUAGGGGGGCAGGCUUUUGUUAGGGGAGGGAGAACCUCACAUGUGUAAUGAUUUGUAGAGAUUUUGAUUGAUUUACGGGGGGCGGAUGCCCCCCUGCCCCCUGGCUAUGCCCAUGCCUACACCUGUCCUGUUUCUGGGAAGCUGUUGCCUAAAGCAGUCUAAUGUGCUAGUGACACCUGCCUGUCUGUCUCCACCUCUUCUCCCUUCUCCCUUUCCCUUCAUGUAAAGUUAUGAUGAAAGCCUCUUGCAGUUUAAGUCUUAGACUUAGACAAUUCAGGAAAGAGCAAGAAAGAGUGUUUUAGCAUGGAUCUCAUUAAGCUUAUUUCAGUUUUAUCCUGCUUUAGCUUUCAUGACUUACGGUACUUCAAAGACUCCUGAGAAUAAUGAAAGUGCUUAAAAUUUCUUUGUUUGGUGAUGGCCUUGAUGGUUUAGCAAGUACGUGAGAAGGGUCCAGAGAGGAGUAUGCUCAUUUCCUUCCAAUUUGCAGAAGGUGGUCUGAAGCAGGGAGCCUGCUGUGCUUUGGGAAAACCUUUGAGAGCCGUGUUUGUCCAGGGAUCUGAAAAGCAUGUAUGGAAGUCUCCCUGCUUCAGAAGAUUGCUUUCCCUGUGCUAAAAGGUGAUGGGAAAGGUGACAGAGGGAUGCAGCUCGUGGAUAUGUCCCUGCUGCCUGUCCCACUCUUGGGUUUCCUGAGCUCAAAAUGUAGUGCUUGAAGAUGACUUCAAGCAUUUGUCUUUCAGGGCAAAGGCUUGUGCUCAAAUCACUUCCACCACAAUGACUUUCAGUCUUUGCCGUUUAAGAAAGGGAAGAAAGAUCCCUGGUUCCUCUCCCAGAACUGCAGUCCUCAGUAUCUGGAAAAGCACCCAUAUACUCUCUUAGUGCCCCUUCAAACAUUGCAAGGAUUGUGGGUACAUGUGUGUGAAUAUGCUGUGUGCUUCUGAGAUUCCCUGAAAUUUGUAAGUGCUUUGCUAAGCUUUUCCUGAUGACUGUGUACAUGUCAUGGGAAAGUAUGAGGGGUCCCCGUUAUCUGUGAGUUAUACUUGAGGUGAAAGAAAGACUAGCAUGGCUCCAGCAUAUUGUGGGGGACCACAGGAGUUUACUAAGUAUAUGAACAUAUAUCUGCUAAUUCCCCUAGUUGUGUGUGAAACAUUUCUUAACUCCCCUGCAUUGACAUGCAUGCUGUCCCAUGGUCAAGCUUUGAAAACAAGUGACAGCUUGAAUAAUGGAUGUACAUUUAUUUCUUAUGCCUUCCAAUAUUUACAAAGUGAGAGGAUGCUUUGUUUUCUUCUACUCCCCUCCACCCCACCCUGUUCUGCUCAGUAUGCCUACAUUGAAGAAACUCAACAGCAACACAGUAUUCAGAUCUAGUACAAGAAAUGCAUAACCUACCCUGACUAUUUGUGUGCAUGUUGUGUGCAUGUUGAAAAGGCUGUUUUGUUUUUAAAAAGAAAAGCCUAGACUGGAUAUUGAACCUCAAACAAUGUUUGAUGUUAAUAAACCAAACCCACUUCUAACUUUAAUAAUUCAUGUAUUAUUUCAUAAGUAAAGAACAAACAAAUGUUCAGGAAAGAGAUCUCUUUAAGGGGAAAAAUAAGAUCUUCUUAUUUCUUUUGUACCAUAAAAAGCCUUUUGGCUGAAUACAUGAUUGUUUUUUAUUUAUGAAACAAUGCAUGAAUUAUUAAGAUGAAGCUAGAUCCAUGCUUGGUUUAAUGACAUGAAAAAUUAUUUUAGGCUGAAUCUCUGCAACUUGCUGUGGACAUUUUUAUAUCUUUUUUGCAGCUUUUUAAAAAGUAAGUUGCAGAUUUAUGCAUGCCGUUAAUAAGCAUUUAAUUUGAAAAUAACAUUACUGAUUUAGGUGCACUAAUUCAUAAUGUGUUGACAGUUAAGGGCAAACUAUAAAUUAUAGUGGCUUCUCUGCUGUGUAAAGAGCUCCCAUUGAUUUAGCGAGCUGGUAAGUGGCACAACAUUUAGCAGUAAACCCGGAUCAUAAAACUACAUAUUAUAUUCCUGUAUUGUGCUGAUGGAGGUAUAUAUAACUCUAAGUACAGAAGUGUAGGUAUGCCAAGAGCUGAGAUCAUGUUGACUGCAUGUGAGUUGGGCAGUCCCCAGUUCAGUUUUUGCCUUACCAUGAACUCUCUCAGGGUUGGAUUUGGCAACUCUCCCAUCAAUAGUCUGGGGAUAGCAAUCAACACUGGCCUGAGCUGUUGUAAGGGUGACUAAAGGCUCGUUCACACUUCCACUUGCCCCAUGUCUAGAAAGCAUGGGUCCCUGGGUUUUCCCAGGAACAAAUGGAAGUGUGGAUGAGCCCUGAGUGACAUUUGUCUUAUAGACUCACUACAAUCAGAUCAGGAGGUUGAACUCCACAACUUCAUAUUGCAGGUAGAGGAUUGCAUAUUAAAGGACAAGAUUUAGCUUUCUACCUGACAUGCUAGUUUUCUAUGUGCAGGUGUUUUUUAUUGUUUUCGGAGGUGGAGGUUCUAUCAUGCCCUUCUCCUGUGCAUUCUGAAAUAGUACAGCCUAGAAGCAGUUUUGCCAAAUGGUAAUAUGUUUUGUCUAGAGCAAUGAUGGGAACCUAUGGCCCUCCAGGAGUUGUUUGACUCCAGUUCCUAUCAGCCCUAGCUAGAAUGGGCAAUAGUCAGGGAUGAUGGGUUUUGUAGUUUAGUAAUACCUGGAGGGCCACAGGUUGCCCCCCCCCAUCUAGAAACUCUCUAAAGUGUUAUAUAAAUGCUUGAUGUUGUUACGUUAACAACCAUUUCUUUUCAAUACUAUUGACCCUGGGAAUGCAUUGUCCUCCUGUUUUAGCAAUAUGUUUGCUUGGGAGUCAGAAUGGUGGAUAAAGUCAAUUCAAUUCACAUUUAAAGGCAAACCUGCUUAAUCCACACUUUGCAAAACAAUAUGAGAACUGAAACACAGCCAUCCUUCUGGACAUGACACUCUUAGUCAAUUUUGCCCGGAAUGAUUCAUUUAAUCUCUGGGGGGAAACCCCCGUGAUUGCAAUAGGUUUUCUCUAGAUAUGUUCCAAACUGAUGCGUUGCCAAGACACCUGGUCUGGAGCGAGGGUCCUGUGACACGAGAGGUAAUAACUAGCCAAGAGCAGGAUGGGAGGUAGAAAUGAGGGUGAGGAAGUGGUGGUGAGUGACUGAGGGCACAAAGCAAGUGAGAGGUGAAGAUUUUAGAGACAUAAGUUAUUUCACUGCCAGAGAUACUCAGAAUCUUUGAACUGCAUAUGUGCAACACACUCUGUUUUUGGUUGGUUUCAGGAAGCUGCAGUCAUGGUGGAAUUGCAAAUGCCAGCCAGCCCUUUGUGAUUCAGCUAAACUGGAGAGGAUUUGACUACAAAUAUGGUGCCUGGGGAAGAUAUACCUCUCCACUGAACCCUGAAAAGGAGCUCUAUUGGGUUGCGCCACUGAACACUGAUGGAAGAUACCUGGAAUAUUAUAGACUUCAUGAUUCCUUUGAUAAUUUAUUGCUGUUCAGAUACUCUAAUCAAUUUAGAAUUCUAUAUGGCCAGGGCAGUGGCAUGGUUGCUUACAACAACUAUAUGUAUUUUAACCAACAUGGCUCAAGAGAUAUGAGCAAACUAGAUUUAAGCACCAAUACUGUGGUGCUGAAGAAAACUCUUCCAGAUGCUGCUUUUAACAAUCGGUUCUCAUAUGCAGGGGUGUCAUGGCAAGAUCUGGAUUUUGCUGUGGAUGAGAAUGGAUUGUGGGUAAUUUACUCAAAAGAAGCUAGCACAGGUAAUAUCGUGAUUAGCAGACUUAAUGAAACAACUCUUGAGGUGAUCAGUACAUGGGAAACAAGGCAGUACAAGCCAGCCGUGUCCAAUGCUUUUGUUGUGUGUGGUGUGCUCUAUGCCACAAGGCCCAUCAAUACUAGGAAGGAGGAAAUAUUUUACACAUAUGACACAAACACAGGAAGAGAAGGCAGAACAAGCAUCACUCUAGAUAAAAUGCUAGAAACAAUUCAGAGUAUCAACUACAGCCCUAUAGAUGGGAAACUUUAUGUGUUCAAUGAUGGCUACCUUGUUCAGCAUCAGUUGACCUUCCAGACUCUUCCACAACAAAAGUGA